AUGGCGGCGACUCCACUGCAAACGGAGGCUCUGAGACAACUCGGCUCCAAAGACCAGCUAGAUCUCCUGAACUGCAUCGACCAGCUUCGAUCCGUAGGGCUCAAUCACUAUGUCUCCCUUCCCCAGAUCAUUGUCUGCGGCGACCAGUCGGCCGGGAAAUCUUCCGUUCUUGAAGCUAUCUCCGGUGUCUCCUUCCCGGUACAGAGCAAUACGUGUACUAGGUUCCCUACCGAGCUUAUCCUCCGCCGAGCGGCUCAAGUCAGCUCAAGUGUAUCCAUAGUGCCAGAUGCGUCACGAACCGAGGCAGAGAAGCUCUCACUCAGUGAAUUUCAACAGGAGCUGGACGGCUUCGACGGCCUGGGCAAGUUGAUAGAGGCUGCCAAGGCUGCCAUGGGCAUACAUGCACAUGGGAAGACGUUCUCAAAGGAUCUGCUAAGGAUCGAGAUUGCCGGACCUGAACAUCUUCACUUGACCAUAGUCGAUCUGCCCGGCCUGAUUCAUUCAGCCACCAAGAACCAAACUGAUGAUGAUGUGGAUUUGAUCAAGGAUGUCGUGAGAAAGUACAUGGAAGAGCCGAGAAGUGUAAUUCUGGCAGUCAUCUCAGCCAAGAACGACCUCGCGAACCAAAUUGUCUUGAAGAUGGCCAAGGAGGCUGAUCCAGCUGGACAGAGGACCAUGGGAAUCAUCACAAAACCUGACAGCCUCAUCAGUGGCUCGAAAAAUGAAAAGUUCUUCGCCGAUCUAGCCGAGAACAAGGAGGUUGAGUUCCGCCGAGGGUGGCACGUCCUCAAAAAUAUGGACUCGGAGAAAGGCUCUUUCAGCUUAACGAAACGCAACCGAGAGGAGGAAGGGUUCUUCUCAAAGGGCAUCUGGCAGGACCUCUCAGCUGACUUGCUGGGCAUAGCCAACCUGAAGCCCCGCCUGAGCAGCGUCUUGAUGAAACAAGUUGCCUCAGAGCUACCAAGUCUCGUUGAAGAAAUUGAUUCGAAGCUUGGGGUCUGUCGCAAGGAGUUCGACAAGAUGGGUCAGCGCCGAGCGACCAAAGAUCAGCAGCAGCAGUAUCUGGUCACAGUCAGCAUGAAGUUCCAAUCAUUGAUCAAGGCUUCAAUCGACGGAGUCUACAACAAUUCCUUCUUUACUGACGCUCAAUCUGACCGCGGGUACUGCCAACGACUCCGGGCUGUGAUCCAAAAUUCCAACCAGCAAUUUGCCAAGGACCUUUUAGCUCAGGGCCAGUACCGCUACAUCACUGAGUCGCACAUGGAGCAUGUCGAAGGGUCAGAGUUGGGAGAAAGCAUACAGAUUUCCCGGAACGAGUUCAUCACGCACAUCCAGAACCUGAUGUUUCGAACCCGCGGCCGCGAGCUGCCGGGGACCUUCAGCCCUAUGAUAGUCGAAGAUCUGUUCCGGGAGCAAUGCCGCCCCUGGGAAAUAAUUCUGAAUGGUCACGUCGGUACGGUCUCAGCUGCGGCCAGAAAACUCCUCAACCUCGUGUGCGAGCACAUCGCCGAUGACACGACCAGCCAGUUCAUCAUAUGGGAGAUUGUCGAGCCUGCCCUUGAAAACAUCACAAAGGCCUUGCAGUCCAAGGCUGAUGAGCUCCUGGAGCCUCACAAGAAUGGGCAUCCCAUAACCUACAAUCAUUAUUUCACGGAGACACUGCAGAAAGUCCGCGACGAGCGCCGCAUGGACGAGGUCCGUAGCGCCUUGGCCUAUUGGCUCGAAAAGGACGAGAAUGAACUAGACACCAGCAAAUGUAGAUUGAAAGGCACCUUUGACGUGCGCGGGCUGAUCAAGGCCCUCGCCAAUCGAAGUGAGCCAGACAUGGACCGCUUCGCCGCCUCCGAGGCCCUGGAUUGCAUGGAGGCCUACUACAAGGUCGCACUGAAGCGCUUCACGGACGAUGUGGCCGUAGAGUUGGUCGAGGCGAAGCUCGUCAAGGUUCUUCCGGACGUCUUCUCGCCAAUGACGGUCUGUACUAUGCCCCCCGACCUCGUGGACCGCAUAGCUGGUGAAUCAGACGAGAAACUGCGUCGGCGUGAACAGCUUGAGAAGGAUCUGGACGUCCUGGGCAAAAGUGCCGACUCCUGCAAGCGGUUCGUGGGCAUGAACCUCGUCGGUGAGACCUAUUGCCGAGCUUCUGAUUUUGCUUAG